AUAGCCUUUUCUUCUCAAGUUCAGACUCCAGAGCAACCAAAAAAUAGAACAAGUGCAGAUAAAUUGCGUAGAAGCAUGCCCAAUUUGGCUCGAAUGCCCGGCACAGCAACAACAACGACCUCCACUGUGGUUUCUCCAGUUACAGUACGCAAUAGCCUAAGUUUUGAUUCUAAUCUGCAUGGAGCUGCAAAUGGAUUAUCCAGAUUGCACUCUAGUAUACCAUCACCUGGUCAACUUCAGCAGAGGGUACACAGUGUGGGGAACUUCCCAGUGUCUGUGAGGCCGCCACUGAAAGCUACAGCCUAUGUCAGCCCAACCAUACAAGGCCAUGGUGGCAUUCCUCAGUCAACAAGUCUACAGUCUAUAUCAAGUUCUGGGAUUCCUAUGCCUAACAAGACUGCAAGUUCAUUGCUUAUAGCCAGAAGUGGUCUACCAAGACCAGCUUUGUCAAGCAUUGCUGCAAGUAGUAUACCAAGGAGUAAAAUUGUUAGUCCACGCAGUUUUAUUCAGCCUCCGAAGACACUUUCAUCACUGAGUACUCUACGAGACGGAAACUGGAGAGACGGCUGCUACUAA